AUGGGUCGAAGAAAGCUUCUGGCCAUUUACAGGGCAGACAAGAAGAAGCAGCGACAGACAUUUUUGAAGCGGAAGAAAGGACUGUUGAAGAAAGCUCAUGAGCUCUCUCUACUGUGCGGCUCAAGAGUUAUCAUCAUAAUCUACUCUGAAGACGGGCAGAAAUUUGAAGAGGAUUUCAUUGGCUCAUCUUUUCUUCCUCCAAUUGUCCCUGUGCAGAUGGAUCCUCCAACACCAACACCAACACCAACACCAACACCUCUUCCAUCCAACAAUCUCACUCCACAAGAUGCAGCAAUUUUCAAUGCUCCUCCUGAUAUUGUCGCUCUCCCCAGAAUUGGUGCUGAUCCUUUCUUUAAAAUGGAUCCGAUUCUUGAUUUCUCCAAUAUCAAUAUGAAAGGAGUGCUGAGUCUGCAGAGGAACAGAGUUGAUAAUCCGAAUUCGAAGAUGGGAGGAGAUUUAAGGAGGGAGGAACUUGAUAAGCCAUCAACAUGGAAAGUGAUGCCGAAGGUGUGGGUGAAACUAGAAAAAGGAUCCCUCACAGGCUUUAUGGAGAAGCUUGCAGAUUAUGAUAAAGAUUCUAAAUCUUCUCCAUAUAUAUUUGUUGGUUAUGAUGAACGGUCUAAAGCAUAUAGAUUUUACGAUCCUAUCACUAACAAAGAUAAAGUUGCUAGAGAUAUUUGUAUUGUUGGAAAUGGUAUUCAUGAUUGUUCUAAUGUACAAGAUAAUGAAUUUGUUGAAAGUAAGGUUGUAGUUGUGGAGGACAAACCUCCUUCUCUAAAUCCUACUUCUUCUCUCAACCCUACUCCUAAUUCAUCUAUUUCUAAAAGUGAUAGUGAUGAUGAUCAUGAUAAUUAUACUCCUAAUGAUUCUUCUUCUAGUGAUGAUUCUAUUACUUCUUAA